AUGGCCUUUGUUUCCAACGGCUCUGAAUACGACUUCAUCAUUGUCGGUGGUGGUACCGCCGGCAAUGCAAUUGCUGGUCGCCUUGCUGAGAACCCUGACGUCCGCAUUCUGGUGGUCGAAGCGGGCAUCCCCAACCCCGAUCAAAUCGAACAGAUUACCACCCCGUCGAAAGCUUUCACUCUCCGUGGAAGCAAGUAUGACUGGUCAUACAAAACAACCAUGAUCAAGCGCGAGGACUACGAGCGCGUUGAAAAGCCCAACACUCGAGGAAAGGCCCUUGGUGGUAGUUCAUGCGCCAACUAUUUUACCUGGAUUCCUGGCUCAAAACCUACCUUUGACGACUGGGAGGCCUUCGGUGGCCGCGACUGGAACUGGGAUUCCUGCGUGGAGUACCUACGCAAGUGCGCGACCUACCACGACGAUGAAAAGGUGUAUCCGGCCGACCUGAACAAGAUUGGAACCGGAGGCCCUGUGCAGAUUUCCCAUGCCGACUUGGUGCCGGAGAUAAAACCGUUACGUGAUGCGCUCACUGAGGCCUGGGUUUCCAAAGGCCAACCGCUGACAGAGGACAUCUACUCUGGUGAGAUGAAGGGUCUCACCCACUGUGUCGACACCAUUUACCAGGGAGAGCGCCAGGGUAGCUACCUUUACCUGAAGGACAAGCCUAACGUUACAAUCCUCUAUGGCGUCCGCUCGAAAAAGCUGAUCAUCGAUCAUGCCACGCGUGUCUGCUUCGGUGUCACUGUGAUAAGCGAUAAUCUUGACCAGGAGAUUAGCGUCUACGCCAGCCGAGAAGUUAUCUUGUCUCAGGGUGUCUUUGAGACUCCUAAACUUCUCAUGCUCAGCGGCAUCGGCCCAGCAGCGGAAUUUGCCAAACACGGAAUCACGCCCAUCGUGGAAUCCCCUCAUGUCGGCCAGCAUCUUCUUGAUCACCCAAUCGUGCCUUUCGUUCUUCAGGUCAAGGAUGGGUACAGUUUGGACGAGCAUGUGCUCCGCCCCGGACCUACGAAUGAUAAAGCCUUGUCCACUUAUCAGAAUGACAAGACUGGUCCUGUGAGCUCCGGGUUCCUGGAACUCGUGGGCUUCCCUCGGAUUGACGAACGUCUGGAGAACUACCCUGCCUACCGCGAGGCUAAGGCCGCCAACGGAGGACUUGAUCCUUUUGGCCCAGCAGGCCAACCUCACUUUGAGCUGGACUUUGUUAGCCUGUUCAGCACCGCAUUCCAAUGGCAUUUCCCUAUGCCUGAAAAGGGUAGCUACAUGACCAUCAUCGUUGAUCUGCUGCGGCCUCUUUCCGAGGGUGAAGUUACUUUGAACAGCUCGAACGCACAGGUUCAGCCCAACAUCAACCUCAACUUCUUUGGCAAUGACUUGGACAUCCUGGCGAUGAGGGAGGGAGUGCGCUGGACAUAUGAUCUUUUGACCAAGGGUGCUGGAUUCAAGGACAUUGUUGUCUCCGAAUACCCCUGGAAGAUGCCCCUUCAUUCCGACGAAGAUAUGAACCGGGCUGUUCUGGAUCGCAGCCAGACUGGAUUCCAUCCAUGCGGUACGGCACGUCUGUCAAAGAGUAUUCACCAGGGUGUUGUUGACUCAAAGUUGCGAGUUCAUGGAGUGCGCAAUCUGAGGAUUGCAGAUGCUUCUGUCAUUCCUGUGAUCCCUGAUUGUCGUAUUCAAAAUUCAGUCUAUAUGAUUGGCGAAAAGGGCGCGGAUAUUAUCAAGUCUGAGCACAAAGAUCUCUACGAGGCCAAGAACAUUCCUUACCUUAUCUCUAGCAGGCUCUGA